AUGAGACUCUCCGUCAAGUCCACCAAUCUGGAGGGGCGUACCGUGAAGCGGGAGAUGGCGAUUGAGGAGAUUGGCUGUCGGCGAGACAGAGCUGGUUUCUUGCGCAACAACAGCAAACGGCUCGCGCGCCCUCGAUUUCCACGACCGUCACUCUUCUG